AUGCUUCAUUCCGAUCCCGUUUUUAUCGGCAAAUGUCGCAGAUUCCGGCAGGAACAAUGUACAACCCAAGCUGCACCUUUUUCCCAGCUCGGGCUUAGAAUGUGUUGCACUAUAGAGCACUCGCCCUAUGGCCCAAUUGACCCGAUCGCCCUGUUCGCUAGCUUGUCAAAUGAUCCUCCAAGCUUGAACUACCUCUUUCACUCCACACCUACCCCCCAAGUCCAACCUUCCAAUCUGCCGAAUGUUGCUACGUCUCCGGUUACAUCUCGGCCUGAAAAUGUGGAAAAUCAGCCAUCACGCUCCAGACUUGGAGAGUACUUGGAUGCUAUCCCAGGUUCCAUAAAUACUGCGCCACCCGGGCACCCGGUCCCGCCAAAUGGUUUAACAGAUUUUAGGACUGAUUUCGAUAGGCACACUCGUGGAACACAUGUGGAGGCCCAUCAAGCACCCGUUUCAAAUAAUCGUCAAAUGAAAGAGGUGGCUCAUACAGAGCUACCAAGAAUUAUUCCAUACCAACAAGCUCCAUCCAUCGAUUCCCAUCUCCAUGAUCCAUCAGCCAAAAGGCCCAAGUUCAAUCGGCCUUCUCCUGGCGCUCUUCAUAGACCAGGUCGAGUGCUUGUAGAAACGUCAUCCGAUUACCUCCCAAUUCAAUCCGGAGUAAAUAUUCCAUUGGAAGAAAACUUGGGGCUCCGUUCCGAUGCGGACACACUUGGAGGGGAUACGUUUGGAGGAGCCUCCACUAGUCACACUCGAGUAAACGAAUAUCAGAACGGCAAUUUGCCAGAGAUGUCAAUGGUCCCCGACAGCGGGACAAUGCCUCAGAUGGCGCAGAAGGCCGAAAUUGAAAGCACAUUUGGGCGAACCAAGUCGGAAUUCUCCGGUUUGAUCGAGAAGCCUUUCAUCGUCAAUAUGUAUCACCGCAACAUCAGUCCAACGCAGACUCAAUCAUCUCGUUGA